UCAUAGGAACUUAUUAUGGCAGUAAUGAAGCAAUUCAUUAAUCCAAGCUGUUACGACGAAAUCCAAGAAAUGCAAAAACACUCACCUAUUGGCUGUAGAGUUAGACGUGGCCGAGAUUGGGUGUGGGCAGAUCAAGACAAUGGAGGUCCUGGAACUGUUGUUGGGCAUUUAUACGAUGAGCUUAGAAAGUACUGGUGUUGGGUCGAAUGGGACAUAGGUGGGGACAUUAAUGUUUACAGAUGGGAUGUGCAAGGAAAAUGUGACUUGACUAUCGUUGAUGAAGAAAGACAACCUGAAGAAGAGGAAAUUAUAAUGGUCGGAUGCAAGGUUGCACCUGGAGAAGGCUAUGAAGGAAACUCCUCCCAUGUGAUUGGAAUUGCCAUAAAAUAUAUAGAUGAUAACAAAAUGCAGGUAAGAUGGGAUGAUGAUGGGUCGAGAGAAAACCUUAUGUAUGGAAAAGAUGGAACACCUAAGCAAUUGGUGCUUGCGAUUGACAAAGGAAUAAGGAAGCAAGAUCACGAAAAUUGUAGAAGUGAAGGUGAAAAUCCUAUUGUAUAUGAUGAUUCAGCUCUUAAACAAAAAUCUCUGCCGGCACCUCCUGAAUUCCUUGAAGUUUAUGACAUAUUUGAGAAUACAGCUAAUGUACGUUGGCAAAAAUGCAGGGAUGACAAGAUGAGCUCAAAUUCAAAAUACGUUGUUACUUAUGUAGAGAAAAACAAGCCACACAAGAAAAUACUUGUUGACGUUGUUGCAGCUGUUUCCUGUAUCUUAGAUGAUCUUAAACCGGCAUCCGACUAUUCCGUUGAUGUAAAGUUGGUCAGCAAUGAUGGCGAGUCAUUGCCCACAAAAACCUAUUCAUUCAAAACAAGGGAAACAGAUACAGAUGAUACAUGCUACGAAGACUGGAAACUUACUGAAAAAGAUGCGUCUCGACUUGCAGAAGCAGUAGGAAUGAACUGGCAAAUACUUGGCCCGCCGUUAGGAAUAAGAAACGUGAAACUUCAUCAUAUUAUAGAAAAUAACAUGACCGUGGCUUUACGCAUCUAUGACAUGUUCCUGACGUGGGUAACUCAAGACAAAGACAGUACCUUUAGGACUUUAUGUAAAAUUCUGGAGAAAUAUCCUAGUGUUUAUGUUGAUCGAAAAAUCUUAAGUGAAAUGAAACAAGAACACCCAUUAAUAAAAUAACUUGGGGUAAGUUACUAAUUACUAGUGUAAAAAGGGAACAAACAACUUAAUAUCUUCCAAAAUCAAACAACAGUUUCUCAUAAUAUUUAUGGUAUGACUUCAAACCCUUUUCGACAUUUAAUGAUUUUUUUCAUGCAAACAGAUGAUCCAAACAAAAUUUUAUUAUUCAGUUUGAUUAAUUAGGCACUGAUAAAAGUGAU